AUGUGUGACAGAUACCCAUUUUUCUAUGGAGGCCAGCCUUUCAACAAUUGGGAUAGGGGAUAUAACAUGGAAAAUCAAAUCCAACAUCAGUACCGAGGUCGUCCGAAUCCCGGCCCGCACAGAUUUUGGGGCAGCAUGUCCGACGGUGGUGGGAUAUCGUCCGCCGGCGGCGAUACCAGUAGAACGAACCUGAUCGUCAACUACCUGCCGCAGACCGUCACGGAGAAAGAUCUGUACGCGAUGUUCGUCACUAUCGGUCCCAUAGAGAGCUGUAGGGUUAUGAAGGAUUUUAAGACUGGUUAUAGUUACGGAUUCGGCUUCGUGAACUUCUUGCGGGAGGAGGACGCAGCUAGGGCCAUAGAGACAUUCAAUGGAUACCAACUUAGGAAUAAGCGGUUAAAAGUAUCAUACGCACGCCCCUCUGGCGACGAUAUCAAGGAAACGAAUCUGUACGUGACGAAUCUACCGCGGGCCAUCACCGAAGAGCAACUGGAAACGAUAUUCGGAAAGUACGGACGGAUAGUACAGAAACACAUCUUGCGCGAUAAGAACAACGGCUCGCCGAGAGGUGUCGCUUUUGUCAGGUUCGAUAAACGGGAAGAAGCGCAGGAGGCGAUAGCUGCGCUGAACAAUGUGAUACCAGAGGGCGGCACUGAGCCACUAUGUGUCAAGGUCGCAGAAGAGCAUGGAAAACAGAAAGCUGCCUACUACGCCGGUUGGUCAGCUGGUUUUCAGCAGAGUCGAGGUGACAUACCCUGGAGUUGUGGAACGUGUAUGAUGCCAGGGGAGAUCUGGGAUCGAUUUCCAUCGCCGCCUCCCCUCCUCGGAGGAGGACCGCCUACCCCAAGGAACGGCUGCAGACCAGGUCACUGUGCGAAUGUGCGGGUUCCACCACCCGGCCACUUCGGUAAAAUUGGCCCCAGAGCGUCAAGGGGUCGAAACCUUCCAUGGGGCCCCGGCGCAGGGGACGGAUUCAAGGGACCGCGGUGCAGAAACGCCACGGGGCCGUAUUGGUAA